AUACCGUAGAGGUUACUGUAUAUUGUGUAUACUUAAGUUAUAAUCUUGCCACAUGUAGCUACAUGCAGUACAACACAAAGAUGGACUCGAAUGUGAAGUUCAGUAAGAUAAUCUCUCAAAUAGCAUUUGUGCUACUGAGAUUCUCAUUGUUUGGUGGUCUGUUUUUUGCUGUGUGGACUCUCAAGUCUGAAAAUGCAAUCUUACAGGACCAAAUCACUAAAUUGCAAGAUAUUGUUCAAGCUAAUCCAAACCCCUACUCGAGUGAUGAAGCCACGGUGAUGGGCACACUAAAGCGACUAACACGACAAUCAAGCUCCUCUCAAAGUGCUACAGAUCUACUUUCUGAUGCUCUGACAGAACUAAUUGAAAAGAAACUGUACACUAUAAUGGAGUGUGCUAGAAAUGAUGAUAAUUUAACUGACUGUUCGCUCAAACCAGGCCCAAAGGGGAAUAAGGGAGACCUGGGUGAUCAGGGUAAAGAAGGUCCUCAGGGAAUUCAUGGAGAGCCUGGCGUUAAAGGACACAUAGGUCACAAUGGCUACCCUGGUUACCCUGGUCACAAAGGGGAAGUAGGUCUAAAGGGUCCUAUCGGCGGUCCCGGCCCAAUAGGGCAGCGAGGGGUUAAAGGAGAUAUGGGUAACAUCGGUGUGAAAGGUGAUACGGGGGUUAAAGGCGAGCGUGGUGAGAAUGGUGUGAAAGGUCAGCUUGGUUACCCAGGAUACAAAGGAGAGCCGGGUGCCAAGGGGGUUAAAGGAGAUCGAGGCUUUGGAGGCAAUAAUGGACAAAAGGGAGAUAAAGGAAUGACAGGUGAGCAAGAUCCAGCGGGACCUAUAUCAUUGUGUGGUGGUCCAGGAUGGAGGAAGGUGGCAUUCAUUGAUAUGACUAAUACAAGCCAAAACUGCCCUCAAGGACUAACACUGACUGGCUACUCAAACUACCGAUCGUGUGGUCGAACCAAUACAAAUUCGUACGCUUGUUCUUCGGUCAUCUUUCAUGUCGGUGGAUAUCAAUAUAGUCGAGUAUGUGGGAGAGCUAGGGCUUAUCAGUGGGGGUACAUGUAUUCCUUUAGGGGGUAUCACUCUGCUUCACAUAGUAUCAGUGCACAGUACGUUGAUGGACUAAGUUUCACUCAUGGGACACCCAGGACGCACAUUUGGACAUUCGCAGCUGGUGCCAAUCAAGGAAACAGUAAUGCAACUGAUAUUGAAAGUACAAAUGAACACUAUCGCUGCCCUUGUAACCCGGGCAACACGUACGGCCCCCCUCCUUUUGUCAGUAACGACUAUUUCUGUGAUAGUGGCGUAAGCUCUCGCUCUGCACGUGGAUAUCACCUCUUUUCUGAUAAUCCUCUCUGGGAUGGUCAGGGGUGUAUCCAUGACAACCCGUGCUGUCAGUUCAAUAACCCACCGUGGUUCAACAAAACACUACCAACCCCCACAACUGAUGAUAUCGAAAUGAGAUUAUGCAUGCAUAAUUCUGCAUAUAGUGCUAACAUUGCUCUUGAACAAAUGGAACUAUACGUCUACUGAUCGAUGAUUUAGAGACACUGAACAAUGAUCUAACAUGCAUACAUAUAUAGCUCUGUUAGCUACUCUUAUUAUUGGACGAUAUAUGUAGUAUAUAUAUACGUAGUAUAUCAAUGCAUGACUGCUGCAGUAUGAAAUGUGUGCUGUAUAUAAUGGUAUAAUUU